GCGAUGCCAAGCCCGCCCCACUAUGAUCCGGCGUAAUAUCUUUACAGUAUUUAUGCUUUCCAUACCAACAUCAACACUAAUUAGGGCUGGAUUGGCACCAGUCUUCCAUCAACACUUGCAAUUUUCCAUCAACAUCAUCGUCAAUGUUAUCAAUAUCAUCGAAUUUAUCAUCAUUCCCAUUAUUAGAAGUUGUAAUGGUCAUCUCCCUGUAAAUUUGGUUUGUUCUUACGGCCAAUUACGCGUAUUUACGUUUUCAUUUAAUUACAGACCCAAGUCGACAUUCUAUACCUUUAGGCUAUUUCUAUACAUUCAUUCCAACAAAAUCCAUUAAAUUCCAAAUUCAGAUGUCGAAUCCUUGGGAACAAGAAAAUUCUAAAUCUGGCCUCAUCACCCUCGCUCCAGGUCAUGCUCUUCACCUCAACAUAUCCGGCCCUAUCAGACAACCAAGCCAACCACUAGUCAUAAUUAUCCCGGGCCAUGCUUCUGGUGCCACGGAAUGGGCCGCUGUGAAUCGCUUGGUUUCGCAUUUUGCUCGUGUUAUGCUCUACGACCGUUCUGGUUACGGACUAAGCACUGAAGCCCCUGGGCAUGUUACUGCCGUCAGCAUGGCGGUAGAACUCAACAGUCUUCUCCAUGCUAUCAACAUUUCCGGACCCUUUGUAUUGAUCUGCCAUUCUUAUGGUGGUGUCAUUAGUCGAGAAUUCUUAAAUUUGAGUACCCAUGACGUAUCCGGAAUCAUUUUUGUUGACGCAAACCAAGAGCAACAUACAAUCCAAAACCCGUCGCCUGACUAUUUCAUCAACACCAUCUCUCAGGGACUCGAUUUCUGCAGCGUCACUGGCUUAAAUAAGAACCAUAAGCUACUGCCAGCCGAGUGGCAGGCCUACCUGGACGAUCAGAGCACUGAAAAACGCGGUCGAGUUGCUGCCGCAGAGGCUGCGGGAUAUCGUGAAAGUGGACCAGUGCUUGCAGCAAAGAAACAACUUCACACGACCCCUCCUCUGCUUGGUAACCGGCCGAUAUGUGUUCUGAAGGGGCAGACUCAUCGAGACUUUGAAAAUAUUCUUGAAGCCGGAAGCAAUGCUGGCAAUGGGACUGAUGAGGAAAGAAAAUCGUUUCGGGAGUGGCUCAGAACAUAUGAUUCAAAAGAUGAGAUAUGGCAAAGAGAAAUGCUGUCGCUGUCAAACAGGUCGCGCUGGACAACUGCCAGUAAGAGUGGGCAUAAUAUUCAGUUGACUGAACCAGGUUUGAUUAUCGACGCAUUAAGGUGGGUUUUGGACAACAUUUGAACAUUGCAGUUAUAUUCUAAUUGCGUCAGUAUAUUUCGAGACAUAUAUCAAUUGAUACUCCAGGUGCCACACCAACAAUUGGUACAGUUGUGUAUGUCAAUGGGUACAUAUAGUCACAGAUGCAUCAAACGCACACAAAACCUAAUUAUAAAACAACAUUGAAUCCUACAAAUGUAAAUUGAUUGAUAUAUCUUCGAUUAAGUGACGUAUCAUGCCCGGAAUAAUUGUCGUAUCCAUUGAUAGGUGCGUUUCAGUGGCGUCAAAAGUUGCACAGACUCAUACGAGUAUAGUAUCCCGGAAAAUUACAAUUGAACUCUACGAUAUAUCCAGUGUAUGGUAGAAG